CAUUGAUCAAUGAGACAAAAGGCAACCCCCCAUCCCCCUCUCCUCAUCAUUUUCGGCCAUCCUUCAUCCAGCAAGAGCAAAAGAGCUUCCCACUUUCCUUCUCCAUUGUUGAAGAGAGCUCAUCAAGGAGGAAUCACCCAAAAAGGAGCUAAGGUGCUAAAAGUGUGAAAUAAUUAAGGCACUUGUAAAGGGUAUUUCAAGUGAUUUCACAAGGUUGGAAAAGUCGCCGGAGUUGUCGCCGGAGUUGACCAAAAGUCGCCGGAGUUUCACCGGAGUCCAACCAAGAAGGGUUGAACUUCUUAACGCUAGUUCAAGGUUGAAGCUAGGGCUUGCUACUUGCACCUUCUCGAGGGUGGUAUCAAAUCAGGAAGACGUGGUUCGUGCUUCCUUAUUUUCUUUCAAACUACCGUACACUUGCUCAUGGAUGUUUAUUUUACUAUAAACUAUUUUUGGGGCUUGCACGCCCAUGUUAUUGGCCGGUUGUGGCUCAUGACUUACCGUUGAAUAUUUCCGCUAUUCAUUGGUCUAAAUGUGAUGUUGUUAUGUAUGUUUACUACUGAGUAUCGAUGGAUUGUUUUCUCGAACGCCUUGUGUAAUUAAGUGAGGUUGACUCGUGGGUGACGUCACUUAGUUAUACGGCGGUUGUACACGCGCUUGGAUUGCGGUUUGGGGCGUGACAAUUAAGUGGUAUCAGAGCCAUCUCAGUUCUAAACUAUUUUUGGGGCUUGCACGCCCAUGUUAUUGGCCGGUUGUGGCUCAUGACUUACCGAUGAAUAUUUCCACUAUUCAUUGGUCUAAAUGUGAUGUUGUUAUGUAUGUUUACUACUGAGUAUGGAUGGAUUGUUUUCUCGAACGCCUUGUGUAAGUAAGUGAGGUUGACUCGUGGGUGACGUCACUUAGUUAUACGGCGGUUGUACACGCGCCUGGAUUGCGGUCUGGCAAGCAGGGAGGGUUCGUUGCACGCACGGCCGUGCGUGCCACCCAGGCACGCCGUGCGUGGACCCCCAACCCCCGAAAAUUUAUUUUUUCGCCCCGUUCUCCUACGUUUGGACCCCCCGUUUGAUUCCAAACCUUAGUAUUAACUUAAUAACCUCCUAAAGACGUGUAAAAACAUUAGAAAAUGUAUCUUACAUGGUGUAUAAAUGUAGGAACAUUAUGGAUCAAUGGUAGGUGUGCGAGGAUCCUCAUCGAUACCGGGGCACAACGCUCAUUUGUGAGUGAGGCGUUCGCCGAGGGCCUUGACGUGCCAUUGACACCUAUGACGCAAACGUUGCUAGUCUCCACACCGUUAGGGGACGAUGUGGAGAGAAAUCAUUACUAUCCAUCAUGUGAGGUAGAGGUGACGGGUCAACCCUUGACUUGUGAUUUCGUACCUCUAAGCAUGUUGGAGUUCGAUGCAAUCCUAGGAAUGGAUUGGCUUGAGAAGCACCAUGCUCGAGUAGAUUGCUACACCAAGGUGUUGGAGCUCGAGGAUGAUCAAGGAAACACGCUAUGUUUCGAAGGAGAUCGGGGGAAAUCAAAUGCUUGCAUCAUAUCCGUGAUGAGAGCACGGAAGAUGAUGAGAAAGGGGUGCCACGCAUACCUUGCUUACGUGGUGGACGAUACGAAGAAGGAAGUCGACAUCAAAGAUGUACGAGUAGUAUGCAAAUACCCGGAUGUCUUUCCCAAAGACCUACCGGGGCUCCCACCCGAUAGAGAGAUUGAAUUUGUAAUUGAAGUGGAGCCGGGAACCAAACCCAUUUCGAUUCCUCCUUAUCGAAUGGCACCGGCCGAACUUCAAGAGUUGAAGGUCCAACUACAAGAAUUAUUGGACAACGGAUUCAUCAGACCCAGUCAUUCACCGUGGGGGGCACCCGUACUCUUCGUGAAGAAGAAGGAUGGUACACUAAGAAUGUGUAUUGACUACCGACAGUUGAACAAGGUCACCAUCAAGAACAGGUAUCCCUUACCGAGGAUUGAUGACUUGUUCGACCAACUUCGAGGGGCAAUAGUAUUCUCGAAGAUUGAUUUGAGGUCGGGGUAUCAUCAGUUGAAGAUCAAGGAAAGUGACAUACCUAAAAGUGCGUUCCGCACUAGGUACGGUCACUACGAGUUUCUUGUGAUGUCAUUUGGUUUAACCAACGCACCGGCGACAUUCAUGGACUUGAUGAACCGUGUGUUUAGUGAAUACUUAGAUCAAUUUGUGAUAGUAUUCAUUGACGACAUCUUGAUAUACUCCAAGAGCGAGGAAGAGCACGAACACCAUUUGAGGCUUGUACUUGAUCGGCUAAGGGAAAAGCAACUCUUCGCCAAGUUCUCCAAAUGCGAAUUUUGGCUCAAAGAGAUUGGUUUCCUCGAUCAUGUCAUAUCCGGUUCGGGUGUUGCUGUGGAUAACGCCAAGAUAAAAGCGAUCAUGGAUUGGGAGAGACCUAGGAAUGCGAAGGAGAUACGUAGUUUCCUUGGCUUAGCGGGAUACUAUCGUAAAUUUGUUGAAAAAUUCUCCGUAUUGGCGUCUCCAUUAACGAAGCUCACAAAGAAAGGGGCCAAGUUCAUAUGGGACGACAAGUGCGAGAAGGGGUUCCUAGAAUUGAAGAAACGACUUACCGAAG